UUGAUUUGCUCCAUUACCUGAUGAUAUCUCCUUAUAUAUCAAGUGUUCUUUAUUUCCAAUAGAAAAGAUAUACGGUAAAUCAUGUCUGGACGAGGGAAAGGUAAAGCUAAGGGUACUAAAUCGAAAUCACGUUCUUCCCGAGCGGGUUUACAGUUUCCAGUCGGCAGAAUUCAUCGUUUGUUGAGGAAGGGAAAUUACGCUGAACGUGUUGGCGCAGGUGCCCCGGUUUACAUGGCCGCUGUUUUGGAAUACCUUUCAGCUGAAAUACUGGAACUCGCCGGAAAUGCAGCUAGAGAUAACAAGAAGUCUAGAAUAAUCCCACGCCAUCUUCAGCUUGCUGUACGCAACGACGAAGAACUGAACAAGUUGCUCGCCGGUGUCACCAUCGCCCAGGGAGGUGUGUUACCGAACAUUCAAGCGGUGCUGUUGCCAAAGAAGACCGAAAAAGGAGGAAAAGCCACUCACUAGACCUUAUAUAUUUGCUUGGAAAGCUAACAGUUUACCUUAUCAAAGCCAUUGAGACGAAGUGCUUUAAACGGCUUGGUCGUUUACUUUCCCUUGGCAUAUCAAGACUACAAUUUAUUUCCCCAGUCAUAAAUGAACAGAUUUCUAUUGAGUGGAUGCUGCUACGAAGAAAGAUAAAUAAUUUUCUUGAUUGAUUAGCAAAAUAGGGUGUAUCUAGGAAGAUUUCCAUACAUCUCCAUGCUUUCAUGAUCUUUUAAUAAGCACACGUUUUAUUGAUGAAGAAAACUGUGGCGAAAAUAAUAAAUCGCAUUUUGCCUUUGGUA